AUGGUUUAUAAGUGGCAUGGACUUUUCAAACAUGGUCGAGAUUCAAUUAAAGACGACCCUCGCUCUGGGCUGCCAGUUGAGGCCACCACAUCAGACAUCGUCGAAAAAGUCGAAAAACUUGUACUGGAAGACACACGUUUAAAGAAAAAACAAUUAUCUGCAUUUAUUGGAGUAUCAGAUACAACCAUUUUGCGGAUCCUGCACGACGACUUGGGCAUGACUAAAGUCAGUGCAAGAUGGGUGCCGAGAAUGCUCACGCUGCUUCAAAAACAGCAGCGCAUCGACGCGUCUAAGCACUUUUUGGAGGUGUGUGGAGACAACCCUAUGCAGAUUUUGGAGCGGAUUGUUACUGGAAAUGAAACAUGGGUUCAUCACUUUGAACCUGAAUCAAAACAGGAGUCCAUGCAAUGGCACACCACCUCCCAAGAAAUUCAAAGUGUCAGAAUCGGCUGGAAAGUUGAUGGCCACUGUUUUUUGGGAUUGUGA